AUGUUAACAUUAUUAUUGCUACAAGUGGUGUUUUCACAAAAAAUUUUAGAUUCACCACUUGAACAAGUUGUAUGGUGCAAAUCUGAAACAUUCAUUCUCAGUGCUAAGGGUAUGCUAUACAAAAACAAUACAUCUGAAAUGCCCAAGUUAAUAUCAAAUUUUACCAUAAGAGAAAUAUUACAAUCAGAAGCAGAUCCUUAAGUACUUUAUAUAUUAGGUGAUGUUGAUACUUCUUAUGUAACUCAGAAUUGUGGGAAAACCUAUUAAAAAUUCAAGCAUGAAAAGACUUUGCAUGAUUUCAGAUUGAAUCCAUUAGAAGCCCAUAGUCUCAUGGCAUUUAAGGAGUUCAGAUGCAAUGCUACCACUGACAAUUUGUGUAAAGAGAAAUAUAAAAAAUAGUAUGAGAUCUUUAUUGAAUUCUAGAUUGUAUUGUUGAACAGAACCAAGGAUGCUAUAUGGGAUAAAUUGAUUGAAUUACCAGAAAUCCCAGAUUCAAGAAUUGUUGCAUCUUAUUUGAGUGAUUAAGGCCACGUAUAGGUUAGUUAUAGUGAUGAUUAUUUCAAAACUACCUAAUUAUUGAGGAAUAAUUCUUAUGGGUUUUAUUAGACCAAAGAAUACCUAUUUAUUUUGAUUGACGCUGAUCCUUUUAGCAAAGGCUAUGAUUUGGAAGUAAUUAAAUAAGGAAGUCUGACUCCAGUAGAAUUGGUGUUGCCAAUUGAAGAUCAUCAGAAAUACACAUUUACUGUUUUGGAUACUGUCAAUGGAUCUAUUUUUAUAUCGAUAUCUCAUUUGGAGGACAUGCCAAAAAUUAUGAAUAUAUAUUAAAGUGACACAAGUGGAACCAAAUAUACAUUGUCAUUAUUAAAUAAUGUCAGGAGUUUGGAUACUGGAAAUUGUUAUUGA